GAAGCAUCGAGAUACAUGAAGAGUGCUCAGGAGCGGUGGUUGCCCAAUGCUUUUUAAAGUUUUUAUGGAGCAUUGUCGUGCUGGGCUGUGAUGGCUUUGAGUUCCUGAAGGAGAAACUCCCCUGAGUUGUUUGGACUCUUUCAGGCUUGCCUGCACAGAUGUCUCAGUAGCUGUGGCUUCAGCUUUUGUGUCAGAGAGUGGUGGAACCUGUUCUGAUACACAGGAGCUGUUCUUUGGCGUGUGAUUGCCUUGCUGUGUUAUUGCUGCAUCCUUGAGAGUACUGGAGGCUGAAAAGUGUGGCCUUUAUCCUGGAAAAUGGGGAAGUUGUGAGUGCAUGGACAGGAGGAAAGCAGGAAGAUUUUUACUUCUCUGAAGAGAUGGAGGGCAGAAGGGAAGAGGAAGGAGAGCCUUUGCCAAAGAAUAUGUUCCUACACCAAGUCGAGAAUGUCAUAGACAUGGUAAGAUUACUCCCUUCUUGGUAAGGGGAAAAUGAACAGAGGAUGGAAAUGGAAGAAAAUUGGAAGCAAGCAAGAAAGGAGUAGAUAGAGAGCAAGGAAGAAACUGUAAUUGAGUUUACUGGCAUGUCACUGACACUUCUACUCUACACAAAAAGGGAGGAAGUGGAUAAAGGAGGAAAAAAAGGAAAGGAAGAAGAGAAAGAAAACCAGAAAGAAGAUGCUAGGAAGGAAUGACAAAAGGUGAUGAUUAAGAAUGGAAAAUUACAAAGAGAAGAAAUAUGAAAAUAGGAUUACGCACCGAGGAUGCCUCUAACUCCCGACCGGAGCUGGUUCCCACCAGCCUCCGCCUGGAUUAGAAUCCGGUGCUCCGGCGUUGAUGCCACGUAAUUAGAGUUGGUGGAUCCGAAUUCUUUUGUUUACCGCGCGGCGCCGGAGGCGACUGGCGAGAUACCAGAAGGGAUACAGAAGAGAGCAGUGAAAAAAAGCCCAAAGGAUAAAAUAAAAAAGGAGCACUUUUGGAAGACACGGCAGAGGAGAUGGCCAUGACGGAGCGGAGGCGCGGGCGCUGUGGCGGAGCGUGUGAGGCGGCGGAGCAGCGCACGGUGUCGCUGCAGGCUCAGGAACGGCGUCUCGGCGGCUCCGCCCCGGUGCGGCGGAGAGCCCGGCUGUGAGCGCGGGGGGGCGGCGCGGGCCGGGCAGCAGAGCCGGUGCGUCCGGGCGGCGGCGGGGAGCCGUGCGGGGCCCGUGCCGGGGCCGGCAGCCAGAGCGGCACAGGCGGCGGCGGCGGCGGCGGCGAUGGGGGAGCGUUGUUGUGCGGUGGUGCGGGUGCUGGUGCUGCAGGCGGCCUGGGCGCUGUCGGGCGGGCAGGUGCGGUACUCGGUGCCGGAGGAAGCCAAGGCCGGCACGGUGGUGGGCCGUCUGGCGCAGGACCUGGGCCUGGAGGCGGGCGAGGCGGAGGCGCGGCGGCUGCGGCUGGUGGCGCAGGGCCGGCGGGCGAGCGUGGAGGUGAGCGGGGCGAGCGGCGCGCUGCUGGUGAGCUCGCGGCUCGACCGGGAGGAGCUGUGCGGCAAGAGCGCGCCGUGCGCGCUGCGGCUGGAGGUGCUGGUGGAGCGGCCGCUGCGCGUCUUCCAUGUGCAGCUGGAGGUCACCGACAUCAACGACAAUGCCCCCGUCUUCCCCGCCGCCCGGAAAAACCUCAGCAUCGCGGAGUCAUCUCUGCCGGGGUCUCGUUUCCCACUGGAGGGCGCGUCGGAUGCGGAUAUCGGAGCGAACGCGCAGCUCUCCUAUACACUCAGCCCCAGCGAGCAUUUUACCCUGGAUGUUAAAUCCUCUGAUGAAAACAGGAAGUCUCUGUUUCUGGUGCUCGCAAAGUCGUUGGACCGCGAGACGAUUCCCGUUCACCGGUUGGUGCUGACGGCGAGUGACGGGGGCCGGCCGUCUCUGACGGGCACCAUGGAGCUGGUGAUCUCGGUGCUGGAUGCAAACGACAACGCGCCCCAGUUCAACGAGUCCGUGUAUAAAGUGCGGCUACUGGAGAGCGCUGAGUUGCGGACGCUCGUAGUGCGUGUGAAUGCCACGGAUCCGGACGAAGGCAGCAAUAAGGAGUUUUCUUACAGCAUCUUGAGUUCGAUUCCUAUCGGUAACAAAGAACUCUUUACCAUUGACACCAAGACGGGCGAGAUCAGACUGACGGGUACUUUGGACUUCGAAAAUGUUCGUUUACACGAACUGCAAAUCGAAGCGACAGAUAAAGGGACACCCCCGCUGUCAGGUCACUGCAGCGUGGAACUGGAGGUGCUGGAUGUGAACGACAACGCGCCGGAGGUGUGGGUGACGUCGCUGUCGGUGCCGGUGCCGGAGGACGCGUCGGUGGGGACGGUGGUGGCCCUGCUGAGCGUGUCGGACCGGGACUCGGGGGCGAACGGUCGCGUGCGGUGCUGGGUGUGGCCGGCGUCGCCGUUCGGUCUGGAGGCGACGUUCGCGGGCUCGUACUCGCUGGUGCUGCGCGAGGCGCUGGACCGGGAGCGGGUGUCGGAGUACGAGGUGGAGGUGCGUGCGGAGGACGGCGGGGCGCCGGCGCUGCGCGGCAGGCGCGGGCUGCGGGUGGCGGUGUCGGACGUGAACGACAACGCGCCGGCGUUCGCGCAGGCCGUGUACACGGUGCUGGCGCGGGAGAACAACGCGGCGGGCGCGGAGCUGGCGCGGCUGUGGGCGCGGGACCCGGACGAGGCGGGCAACGGGCGCGUGAGCUACUCGGUGUGGGAGGGCGGCGUGGGCGGCGGGUGGCGUCCGGCGUCGAGCUACGUGUCGGUGGACGCGGAGAGCGGGCGUCUGUGGGCGCUGCAGCCCUUGGACUACGAGGAGCUGCAGGUGCUGCAGUUCGAGGUGCGUGCGGUGGACGCGGGCGAGCCGCCGCUGUGCGGCAACGCCACGGUGCAGCUGUUCGUGCUGGACGAGAACGACAACGCGCCGGCGCUGCUGCCGCCUGCGGGCUCGGCGCCGGAGGCGGGCGGCGUGGCGGGCGAGGCGGCGGCGGCGGCGGGCUCGGUGUCGGUGUCGGGCACGCUGUGGGCGUGGGCGGCGUGGGGGGCGCCGGCGGGGCAGGUGGUGGCGAAGAUCCGCGCCGUGGACGCCGACUCGGGCUACAACGCGUGGCUGCGCUACGAGCUGUGGGAGCCGCGGGGCAAGGGCCCGUUCCGCGUGGGGCUCUACAGCGGCGAGGUGAGCACGGCGCGGGCGCUGGAGGAGGCGGACGGCCCUCGCCAGCGGCUGCUGAUCGUGGUGCGCGACCACGGCGAGCCGGCGCGCUCGGCCACGGCCACGCUCAGCGUGUCGCUGGUGGAGGCCGCCGAGGCGGCGCUGGCCGCGGCCGCGGGAUCGUCGUCGUCGUCGUCGCGGUCGGCGGCGGGCGCGGAGAUGGGCGCUGGUGCGGCGAGUGCGGCGACGAACGUGUGGCUGGUGGUGGCCAUCUGCGCGGUGUCGAGCCUGUUCCUGCUGGCCGUGGUGCUGUACGGGGCGUCGCGCUGGGCGCCGCGGGCGGCCGUGCUGUCGGGGCCCGGGCCCACGACGCUCGUGUGCGCCAGCGAAGUGGGCAGCUGGUCGUACUCGCAGCGCCACAGCCGGAGCCUGUGCGUGGCGGACGGCGCGGGCAAGAGCGACCUCAUGGUUUUCAGCCCCAACUUCCCUCCGCCGCCGCCCGGCCCCGCGGCCAAGGACACGCAGCCGGAGCCCUCCGCUCUCCUGGACACGGUCAGUGGCCCUCCCUUGCUCUCACCCUUUCGUCCGCCGCCUCUUUUCUCCUCUGCCUAUUGUCUGCCACCCCUGUGUAGUUGCUACUUGUAGCUGGGCUCCGCCCCCGCAGCCUGAGGGCAGUGGGUGUUGAAGGA